AUGUCGACCAAGGAACAGACUCCAAGCAGCGGCGAUGGAAGUCGAACAUACGACAGUCUGAGAGAUAUAAUGUCCCAGCGCACGGUUGCAAAAAACAUCCCAUACCUUAUCGAGCAUAUCAAGCCGACGGAUCGUAUACUCGACGUUGGCUGUGGAGUCGGCUCGAUCACUAUUGGCCUUGCCCAACUCGUACCUCAAGGACAUGUCGUCGGGAUCGACGUGGGAGAGACCGAGAUUGCAAUGGCUCGAGAUGCUGCUGCUGAACAGGGCAUCAAGAAUGUCGAAUUCAAGACUGGCGACGCCCACAAGUUGCUCGAGACCUUCGGGGAGGGUAGUUUUGACAUUGUCCAUGCACACAUGGUCCUUAUGCACCUGACCGAGCAGGUCACGGUCUUGCGGUCUAUGCGACAGCUCACUCGUCCCGGGGGUCUUGUCGCAUCCACGGACAUGGCAGAGAUGCUGUACUAUCCUCCGCUCUCGGCCCUGGACAAACAGAAAGAGAUCUGGUACAAAUCAUGCGAAAGCAGAGGCAUUGUUCCAAAUGGAGGAAGGCUCAACCAUGUCUGGGCUCACGAGGCGGGAUUUGAAUGGAGCCAAAUUCAGCUGGGUACGUCUUCUCAGCAAUGGUUUGGAGAGUCGAUGAAACAAUGGGCUCGAGGUGCAUGCAACGCAACGCAGAACUUUCUGAAAUCCGGUCUGCUGACAGCCGAGGAAUGUACCCGGAUCGAGGCGUCUUAUGAAGAUUGGGCCGCAAAGCCGGAGAGCCGAGUCAUGGGAUUGGAUGGAUGGGUUUUAUGCCAGAACUAGGAGAUGGAGUCGAUUGUGC